GGCGGGAUUUUUGGCUCUAAUCAACUUUGAGUAAGUUUUUAUAGCGAAACGUUUUUCGACCUUCAGCGCCGCUGUCAAAACGAGAGUUUAAAUCCCCUGCUGUCACGCUCAGCGUGUAGUUGUGCAAAUUUCUUUGAAGAGGACUUACGUGUAGCGAAAAAGGGAGGUUACAAGACUAAUAUGGCAGUGAAGCUAACCUGCUACAACCGGGGCUGCGGCCAAAAGUUCGAUCCCAACGAGAACGGUGAAGAUUCCUGCACGCACCAUCCGGGAGUUCCGUUCUUCCACGAUGCCUACAAGGGUUGGACCUGCUGCAACAAGAAGAGCGUCGACUUUACCGAGUUCCUAAACAUCAAGGGAUGCACGCGCGGUCAGCACACCAACGUUAAGCCACCGGAGCCGGAAAAGCCGGCCAACGACGAGCCUGAGUUGGAAGCACCAACGGCCAAAAUUCCGGAGCCUGUCCGGGCUUCCACGCUGGUGCGACCCAAGUUCGAUAGUGGGCUCACCACGCUGGAACCGACGGUGGCCGCCGCCUAUAAAAAGCAAAUCGAGGAUCUGCCUGAAGUCACGACGCGAGUGGCGAAGAAAUCGACCGAGCCGGAAGAUACCGCUCCCGGGACGAUCUGCAAGCACGGCGGCUGCAACUACGCCUUCGAGGGAACCAAAAACGACGACAAGCCGUGCGUGUACCACCCGGGCGUUCCGAUCUUCCACGAGGGCAUGAAGUUCUGGUCGUGCUGCCAGCGCAAAACGUCCGACUUUACCGCGUUCAUGAACCAGGCCGGCUGCGAAACGGGCCAGCACCGGUGGACCAGCGACGAGGAGGAAUCAAAGACCGUCAAGUGUCGGCUGGACUGGCACCAAACCGCUACCCAGGUCGUGGUCACGGUUUACGCCAAAAUGUGCCACUACCGGAAGAGCACGGUCCGGUUGAACCCGAUCCGGCUGGCGGUUUGUCUGGUUUUCCCCCAGCAGGACGACCAAGAGUACAACGUGGACUUGGAGCUGCGAGGCAUCGUCGACGUCGCCAAGUCCAAGGUGCAGAUGUUUGGCACCAAGGUGGAAAUCACCCUCAUUAAAGCGGAACCCGGCCACUGGCCAAAGUUGGAUUUCCCCCGCGAAAAGAAACCGUCCGCCGAACAGGUCCAGAAGCAGCUGGAGGAGGAAAAGAAGAAGGCAGCGAUGGAGGAUUCGGACUCGGACGUGGACUUGGACGACGUUACGCCGACGUUCAGACAGGCAACGCUUACGGAAGUGAAGUAAGAGGACCACUCUCACUCGAUAGUUUAUACUGCUGCGAUUAAUUUAAAUACGAUGUAAGCGUCGGUGAGACGAACAAAUUGGAAUAAAACGCCCAAGAUUAGUGUA